CCCGGCGGACAAAGCGCGGCGCUUCCUGAGCCGGCCCCGGGCCGGGCCCCGCCGCCAGGGGGCCCCGCGGCGGACUACAACUCCCGGCAUGCCCCGCGCCGCGCCGCGGUGACGUCACCUGGCGACGGGGAGAGCAGCGCCGGGCCGGGGAACGCUGCAGGCCGCCAUGACCAAGCUGCUGCAGUGGCUGUGCGGGCUCGCCCUGCUGGGCUCGGCCUGGGCCGCGCUGGCGCUGUCCCCGCCGGGCCUGCGGCUGCCGGCGCCGUGCCGCCAGGCCCUGCUGCCGCUGCCCGUCUACCUGCUGGUGGCCUUCGGCUGCUACGCGCUGGCCACCGUGGGCUACCGCCUGGCCACCUUCAACGACUGCGAGGAAGCAGCUGCCGAGCUCCGGGAGCACAUCAGCGCGGCGCGGGAGGACCUGAGGCGGAGGGGGCUGCGCUUCUGAGCACAAUAAAGACGACAAAGUGUGCUGUA